AGUGACUCGAGCCAUUUGUUCAGUAUCAAGGCCCGGCGAGCUGCUGUGAGCAACUUGAAAUAUCCGUCCGAGCAGACGCGGCUUUCGAGGAAGCGCCGUGUCUGCCAGGACAGAUAAGAGCGCCUUGCGCAGCUGCGAGAUCUUCAUGGAAGGAAUUUUGGGGGAGCCGUCACCUAAUACCACAGUAAUAUACGCCCAGCCCGGCGGUGCCUCUCCAACAGAACUUGUUGCAAGGAACAGAGCUGUAAGUACGCGCACCUUCGCGGCCACGCUCUCCCGGGGCUGCUCCUGGAAAACACCAGAGCUGAGCCAUUGCUGCCGGGUGCGGGCCUCCUUUCGCCGGCACUCCCACCAGACGCCCGCCCCAUCAGCCUGGAUCUCUCGGGAUUCGAACCCGCAUGCCAACCUCCGGCGGCCCCGCCGGCGUACUCCAGGCAGAAGGCCACGCCCUUUCAGCGGGGGCGGGGCCGGCCCGCCAACCAGAGUCCUCAGGGCAUGCAAAUUAGGCCCCGCCCUCCAGGUCCUAAUCUGAAGGAGUGGCUGAGGGAGCAGUUUUGUGACCAUCCGCUGGAGCACUGUGAGGACACGCGGCUCCAUGACGCGGCCUACGUGGGGGACCUCCAGACCCUCAGGACCCUGCUGCAAGAGGAAAGCUACCGGAGCCGCAUCAACGAGAAGUCUGUCUGGUGCUGUGGCUGGCUCCCCUGCACACCCCUGCGCAUUGCAGCCACUGCAGGCCACGGGAACUGCGUGGACUUCCUGAUCCGGAAGGGGGCCGAGGUGGAUCUGGUGGACGUGAAGGGACAGACGGCUCUGUACGUAGCUGUGGUGAAUGGGCACCUGGAGAGUGCCCAGAUCCUCCUCGAGGCUGGUGCCGACCCCAAUGGAAGCCGGCACCAUCGCAGCACCCCUGUGUACCACGCCUCUCGCGUGGGCAGGGCGGACAUCCUGAAGGCCCUCAUCAGGUAUGGGGCCGAUGUAGAUGUCAACCACCACCUGACUCCCGACAUUCAGCCCCCCUUCUCCCGGCGCCUCACCUCCUUGGUGGUCUGCCCCUUGUACAUCAGCGCGGCCUACCACAACCUCCAGUGCUUCAAGCUGCUCCUCCAGGCUGGGGCAAACCCUGACUUCAACUGCAACGGUCCUGUCAACACGCAGGGCUUCUGCAGGGGCUCCCCCGGGUGCGUCAUGGAUGCGGUCCUGCGUCACGGCUGCGAGGCGGCCUUCGUUAGCCUGCUCGUAGAGUUCGGAGCCAACCUGAACCUGGUGAAGUGGGAAUCCUUGGGCCCAGAGUCGAGAGGCAGAAGGAAGGUGGACCCCGAGGCACUGCAGGUCUUCAAAGAGGCCAGAAGUGUCCCCAGGACCUUGUUGAGUCUGUGCCGUGUGGCCGUGAGAAGAGCGCUCGGCAAGUACCGGCUCCACCUGAUCCCCUCACUGCCUCUGCCGGACGCUGUCAAGAGGUUUCUGCUCUACGAGUAGAGGAGUAGAGCGCAGGGGCGGCGGUGAGGACGAGGGCGCCGCUGCGGAGAGCAUGGACUCCGACUCGUGCCCCUGGGAGCCGCAUCCUGGGCUGCUGGCUAGGUCCUGUUCGGCUUUGGUAAAGCAGAAUCAGCCUUGUUCUCGUGGACUGUAAUCCCAUCUCAGGUGCUUGGGGCUUUGGAUGGUCCUUGGGUCAGUACCAGCUGAGAGGCUCAUACAAAACUUAAUUUUGUUCUUCCUCAAUAUCUGUGUUUUGGAUUUGCGCUGUUGAGCAUUAAUGAAAUGGGCCUUGAAACGAGGACAAGUUCGGGCUGAGGUUGGAGGCCUGCUGAUACCCUAGCGGGGAGAACUAGCACUUUCCAGAACUGUGCUUCUGUGUUUGCCUCUCAAUUUAAUGGUUGGAUUAAAGGGAGUUUGGUAUAAAAGUACAGUACAGAGAUGCAGCUUGUGAACUUGCUAGUCUGUUCCCCCUGCUCCUGGGGUAGACAUUUGACUUUUAUCAUAUACACAGGCUUUCCUCGCCACUUCAGUGUUCCUCUCCUUGUGGUGGGAGUGUCAAAUUGUCUUCAUUCAGGGAUGGUUUCCUACCCACGUGGGUUGGCCUUAUUAUCCCAAAGUCAAGGCCUGCGUUUCUUCACAGUCUCUUUAGGUAACGCUCAGAGUUCGGCAGCGCUGCACCUGUUCUGACUCCUACCUGUGCCUAGCAUCACGCCAGCGGGUCUCAUGAGUCCUCUGCCAUCUCACUUUGCGGAGCUUCCGGACGGGUGGUUGGUUUUAGGAGGCCCGCGCUGAACUAGCCAGUAGUUGACUGCCUACAUUUGGACCAAGGACCGUCCAUCAGCAUUCACUGCCAGCUCUAACCAGUCCCUGCACGUCCCAGACAGGGGAAGAGCGAGCCCUCUUCGGGAUGGUUCUAAGCGCUCAGUCGCUUGGUGUCCGGUGGACAAAACGUCUGGUGUUUGGUUGAUUGCUCUUCACUCUUUUGGACCUGAUGUCUGGAUCGCUGGUCCUGGAACCUAAGGAAGGGGAUAGCAGUGAGGUCAGAAGGCUUCCCUGGGCCUGCUGGGGGUGGUGGUGAGUGAGAGGACUGAGCGCUGGCGAGCCGGGCUGUGGGCAGGGCUCCCUCCCUCCCUGGGCUGUGCAGCCAGGUGUGGGCUGUGUCUGCAGGUGGGCCAGCAGCUGCCUCUUUAGAGCUCCUGUUUCCAGGGAAACCACGUUUGGGGUUUGAGGCCUCAGGAUCGUUGUGUUGGAUCCAUGGUGAUUCUGACCUUUAGAAGUGUUUAGAAAUGGGCAGAUUACAAAUCUAUGUUUAAAUUUUCUUCAGUGAGAGAAAUCUAAUUUGUAACAGUUGUGCUAAUUAUAUGGGUUUAUUUAUUAACAUCAUUAUGUGUCUUUGCCGACCAGACAGGCAGUGUCUGGUCACCAUCUUCUGUGACUUCAGGAUGGCAUUCUAAACCCCACCUCAUGUGUCAUGUGGACUUGUGCUGGAAAGCCAGGCUGCCCGGUAUAUGCACGUUUGAGAUCCGAGGAGAGAAGAGUCAUUGGUGAUUCAGGGGAAGAUGCAGCCGCUGGAGGCCGCGGUGUGGGUGUGGGACAGCUUCUGAGGCCCAGGGUUGGAGAACGGGGAGCCUGGGGUGCGGCCCUGAGGUGGUCGGGAGGGGCUCCCCACACUAGGAGGGGAGUUGGGGCUGGCCGACGUGCACCAUUGCAGCCAGAGCCAGUGCUGCAGGGGCUUCUGCCCAGAGGGGGUUCAGUGUGUUCCCUGUGGCACUCGUGGUGGGACCAGACCCACAGCGAGGAGGGGGGCUGUGGCUGGGGCAGGAGCUGCAGGGAGGCAGGGCUCUCCCUGGAUGUAGGGAAGGUUCGAGCCACUCAUAGGUGGACUGGGCCGCUGGAGGGGCUUCAGGUCCCUGGAGGUGUGUAAGUGGUGGCUUGUCACCUUGGUCGGGCUGGGAGAGGAGGGUGGGGAGUGGUGGUUAGUUCACCGUAAUUCCUGUACCUCUUCUGCUGCCCUUUGGCUUCGGUUCCUUUCAGGGGAGCCAAGCUGUAGACUCGUAGGAUGCUUUGGGUGUGCACUGCUGGGUAUUUUCUGUAGGAGCCUGGGUAGGAGAGCGGCUCUCUUCUCAGACUUUGUGGAGAGCAGCAUCUGGGAAUGCUGGCGGUGCAGGGGGCCCAGCCCUGUCAGGGCCGCCCUGGGCGGUGCAGAGGCGAGGACGCCGGGCUGGUCCAGCAGAGCAGCCGUCAGGCUCCUCCGCCCAGCGAAGCAGGGCUUGUUUCCCGGGGAUGGGACCGUCUUUCCAGGGUCUCUCUGGAAGGAACGGCCUGAGCUCGUCCUCACUGUGGGGCUUUGCCCAGGGCUGGCCGGGAGGUGGUGGGACUGGCGAGAGGGUGAGCCGGGGACUGGGGCCCCUUGGUGUGUCCCCAGAGCAUGCUGUGCUCGGGGCUGGUCUGCAGGGGCCGGGCCUCAGCUCUCCCUUAGCAGAGACAGGUUGGCUUUCUCCUUGUCCAGCCAGCCGUAGGGAUUGUUUUUCAGAAUCCCAGCGACUUUGAGGUUCAGCCUCUAGUUUGAAAUUUCAUAGCUGCCAAACAUGAAUCUGAAAAUAGAAUAGAUAGCUGCUUAGGGCCGUUCUUGUUCUGAGUGACUUCACUGUGGCUCCCUUUUCCUUUUGUUGCAGAGAUGGGGUUCAGAAUAGGAAGGAGUAACUCUCUCCAUCAGAGCACUUUAUAAAAAUCAUGUUUCUCAGCUGCGGGCUGCCGACGUCUCAUGUGGCAAGGAAAUGUGGUACCUGGUGAGGCUGUCGCCCCAGAGCACUCCCCAGGGAGGGGCAUGAUGGACCAGUGGGAAGGAACCCGCGUGUCCCCCCAGCCGGCUCCCAUGAGUGUCCUGACUGUUGCCACUGCUGGGGUGCCUGCCAGCUGUUGAACAGAGUCCUGUGCUCUGGGCCUUGGCUGCUGUGCACAGGUGGGCGGGGGUUGGCGUGCAGUGGGGGCGGCGUUGAUACCUCUGAGAAUUCAGCUUUGGCAUCCUGGGUGGGGUUUUUUGAGUAUGUUUCCACAGCCCAUCAAUGUCCUACAUAUCUGUGCCUUCUCAUGUGACUUACGUUAUUGGCAUAUCUGCUUAUUUAUGCCCUGCCUUGUCACAGAAAGGCUUUAAGGCUGCGAUGCUUAGUUUUGAUGCUCUCUUUUACCAUUUGGUAAGUUUAGUCAAUGUGCACUGGUAAACAGGUAAUUUUAAGAAGAAAGGACAAUGAGCAGUUUUCUGCUGUUGACUGCAUUUCUGUUAUCAGGCCUAAGUGCUGUCAUUCGUUUCUUCCCCUUUCCUCCAUGAAUUAAUUCUUCAAAUAGAAGGUUCCUGCAGAGGUAGAGAGCAGGGAACAGGUUAGGACUGAGCAAAGGGAGACCGGCCUUAGAGGUCAGCGCGCUCUGCUCCGCGUGCUUCGAGCAGGGCCCGUGGGCAGUGGGUGCUGCCCUCCUUGUCAGGGCGGGGUCCGGCCCUGCCUUUCCCACGGGGCUUUUCUGAGGACACUGGAGAACGUCUGUGAAAGCACUCUGCACUCGAGCCGUCCCUGUGACAUGUAAACUGCUGUCCUGUGACUGUCAUCCCUCGUCUAAGUGGAUGUGCCUUCAAGGCCAUGAUGGUGCUGGAACAGCCCGUGCUCUUGGUGGUCCGCGUGGCCUCGUGCCCAGGGGCAGCAGGAGUCACGGGGACCAAGGGCGUGCACCUUCUGUGCACGUCAGAAGUGUGAGGACAUGUGUGAGAUAAUACAGGAAGUCAAGUCUGUUCAAUUUAAAGGGUUGCCUUUUGUUCUGAGAUUAUGGCCUUCCUAGUUGAGGUUGAUAAAAUGUCCUUUUCUGUAAGGAAGGUGGUAAUAGAGGGCAAUAUUUUUAUUUUUAAAAAUGCUCUUGGUUGCAGAAUAAAAUGUUGGCUGCCCUUUGUUAAACCCCAGAAUUUCUUUUUAAGUUUGCCAGUCUCUAAAAUCCAGCCUCGGGGACCCACAGUCUAGCCAUAGGGUACGUUUAUUUGCUGAGAAGUCCCUCUCGGAGCCGUAAAGUAGCCUGUAUACUGCUGAAGGGUAUCCCAGACUUUGCUCUACCUGGUGGUCCAAGAACAGCACUGAGAGCAGUGUGUGAGGUGUGGGAAGUGUGUGCUUGUGUCCCAGAGACCGCAGAGCAAAUGUCCCCGUGGCAGUGGGCCUCCGGCCACCCCGAAACCUUGAGGGACACUCUUGGGAAGUUAGUGCAGCCUUCCCAGUGAGACUGCCCCUGCCGUCAGGCCUGGGCACCCGAGGCGCCCCGAAUGUUGGCGAUGGCGCUAGUGCUGGGUCUCCUGGCGCAGGGGCUGCAGCCUUCUGCUUCUGUGCCCUUGGCCACCUGCUCAGCACUCAGUGACCAGUCCUGAGUGGUCUGGGUUCCCCGCCAGCCCCGAUACCCCUCCUGGAGGUGCCUCAUUUGGCCACUGACCCCCCUCUCCCUCGCUCACCGUGUCUCACCUCCCUUGUCGCCCCCACCCCCAGCCUGACUCACUUGAUGUGGAAUAAAGUAACUGACAUGCACACCCAAAUGGUGAGUGGGAUCAUGUCCUAGGAGAAUUCCAUGGGAAGGACACGUGGAUUUUGAAGUACAGUGAUGUUCGGAAUACACACCAUGAAUUCUAGGGAGACAGUCAGGUGGAGAAGGGAGUUAGGGAGACGAGUGACUUCUGUUGCCUUCACGUGUAAUUGCUCAGUAUUUGAAAUGCCUGGGGAGUGUUUUUUUUUUUUUUAUUUCUUGGAUUUCAGAUCUCUACCAAGGACCAUUCGCGUGUGCUUAAGUCCAUUUGAGUGUGGUACUUGUGAACAUGGCUGUCCUGUGUGUGUAAAAUCAGUGUGCUGCUGUAAUUCAGCCAGCAGUGCCCCACUCUGCCCCGCGGUGUUUGCACAGCUCCCGCUGCUUCUCCUUGGUGUUGGGCACGUGAGGUGUGACAUGCACCGGGGCCCACGUGCCUGCACAUGUGCUGAAGGGAAUGCUGACCGUCAGCCCUCAGUUUUUCCUUUCUCCUUUGGUAACGACCGCGUGCUUACCUGCAGCUGCCGGGACCGUGACUGUUCCCACACUCGUGCCUGGUUAAGAGCUUUCAAAAAUACGAUGGACAUCUUUGAUAUGCUAUUGUAACUUUAAUAAAUGCUUUUCCCUCUGUAA